CCUUUUUGCAUCGAAAAUCCAUCUCAGAAACUCAAUUCUUUUCUCUCUCUCUUGCAUAGCUUCCAUAGAUUCCUUCUUUUCUCAGAGAAACUUUCAUUAUGCCUUCAAGAAUCUCUGACGCCUCUGAAGCCCACCCUGUCGACCUUCGUUCCGGUCCCUCUGACUUUACCUCUCUGGAGGAAUUGCCUGACUCCUACAAAUGGACUCAUCAGUUCGACGACUUCUCAUUUACUCCUGUUGUCGAUUCCUCUUUAGUCUCCGAAUCCGUCCCUGUGAUUGAUCUCAAUGACCCUAAUGCUUGUCAACUCAUUGGCCAUGCAUGCACAAGUUGGGGCAUUUUUCAAGUCAUUAAUCACGGCAUCCCCACUUCCAUUUUCGACCAAACUGAGUCCACUGCUAAAACCCUUUUCUCUUUACCCCUCGAACAGAAACUCAAAGCCUCUCGACCACCCGGCUCUCUUCAUGGCUACGGCAGAGCCACGAUUUCUCCAUUCUUCUCUAAGCUCAUGUGGUAUGAAGGCUUCACUAUCUUUGGCUCACCUCUUGAUCAUUUUCGUCAACUUUGGCCCCAAGAUUAUACCAAACACUGUGAUGUCAUAGAAGAAUAUGAGAACGAGACGAAAAAGCUAGCGGCAAAAUUACUGUGCCUAAUGCUGGGUUCAUUGGGCGUAGGCAAAGAGGACGUUGAGUGGGCUGGGCCAAAUGGUGAUUUUGCAGAUGCUUCUUCUGCUUCGCAAUUGAAUUAUUACCCGGCGUGCCCGGAUCCGGACAAGGCCAUGGGUCUUGCUGACCAUACGGAUUCCACCAUUCUCACUGUCCUCUACCAGAACAGCAUCGGUGGCUUGCAGGUGAUGAAAGAGGGUGUCGGUUGGGUCACCGUGCCGCCCAUCCAGGGUGGACUUGUGGUUAACGUAGGUGAUAUACUUCACAUAUUAUCAAAUGGGUUAUACCGGAGUGCUCUACACCGGGUUAUGGUGAACCGAAAUAAGAAUAGGAUAUCCAUUGCAUGUCUAUAUGUGCCGCCUGGCAAUCUCCAAAUCUCACCACUGCCAAAGCUUGUCAGCCCAAGCCAACCUCGUCUCUACAGAGCAAUCACUUGGAACGAGUACCUUGGCAUAAAAAGUAAAUAUUACAACAGGGCAUUAUCAUCAGUAAGGAUUUGCAGUCCUCUGACUGGGUUGGCUGAUGAAAAUGAUAAUGAUACUGACGUAAAAGUGGGAUAGCUAGAUAAUCAAAUUCUUUGCCUGUCUUUUCAAUAAUUUGAUUGGUUUGCCGUGUUGUUGGGACAACUUGUUUAGUUCCUAUGAAAAGGGGCAAUUAAGUGGUUAUAAUAACUUACAAUAAACCCUGAUGAGAAUAUUUUAAUGAAGACAAAUGAGCCUCUAUUGUGACCUU